AUUGAGCAACUUUCGCAAUGGUCAAAUGGUAUCGAAAGGUUUUAACGUUUAAUUAAAACCUUUAAUGUUUAAGCGUCCGACUUCGAUAGAAGUUCCUUUAAUUAUUUUUACAUGAGCGAAAAUAAUUCUAAGAGUUUUUGAAGUCGCUUUUAAUGAUAAUAUAAAUAUUAUUAUAUACUUCUUUUAGUUCUGUUAAAGUGGAAAAGCCGUAGUAGGUCAUAUCGUUAAAAUUAAUGAAACUGAUUUUGAUGAAACUUAUGCUGUUCCCUUAGUUGAAAGAGAAUUAAUCAAACGAAAAACGACCAUUGCUAUUAAAUCGCUAAUUUGCGAGAAAUAAAUACACGAAGAAACAUACAGUCACAUACUUGCGAAAUGUGGCAUAAGUAUUUAGAAGCUCACAUAGACUGAUAUAUUAUAAGUGCAUAUUUCGUGCAACUUCAUGACUGUUACAUACAUACGGGUCAAACGGAAUCCUUUUUUUUUAAGUGAAUUAAAAAAACUCCUUUCCACAUUAUAUAUAUGACACAUAUUCUAAAUGAUAUUGGAGUACCUGAUUAUAUUUUAUACAAUGAUCCGGUGAGAAAUGUCACUUGAAAUAUUAGAAUACAUAUUUACAGCCCAUCUUUAGCAACAAGUCUCUCGAAAUAGUAAACAAUACAAAAAAAUGCAAUUAAAUCAAUUCAGAUAACUCACAACAAAAAUAUAACAAUAAAAUUGCAACUAAUAAACAACUACUUGGAAACAUUAUUAUUAAAACCUUUCACUGUGACAAGUCAAGAUUUAAAACAAGAGCAAUAGUUUCUUGCGUUUGCCAUUUAUUUGCAUAAACAACCUGUUAACGUUGACAUGAAAACGAAAGAACAGUGAAAAUAGGGACAAUAACCAACAACACCAUAAUUGGCCUUAGUGACACUGCGGAUCAAUGUCAACUCUCCAGUCAGUGGGCCAAUGUACUACCGACCGUGAAUAAUAAAAUCAUUACACGCACAACAGUACCCUGGCCAGAAAUCGACACUCGCUCAUACUGUACACAUCCUGUGAAGCAGACGGAAUAAACAUAGCACUUAACAAUAUUAAAGUAGCUAAUAGUAAUAUCUUUUGAGGUAGCUAAAACCCUGUCAAAGAAUUUAAAGCAGAUAAUUCUACAAUACAAAAUUAAGUGCCUGUGAAAAAGAAAAAAAAUAUUACUUUAGUGAAAAGACAAAGAAAAAUAAAUCGUGUUAAGAUCCAAUAAUGAAGUAUAUUUAUACGAUAGUGUUGUGUUUACAAGGGCUGUUAGUAGAUGCUGCGCCAUUGCAGCUUCAGUGGCAAAGUCAAAUGUCCAUGCAACCGAUACCAGAGGAGAUCAUUCAAGAACAAUUGCUAGCAUUACAGCAAAUGCAGUGGAUGAACCAGUGGAAUAACAACGUAUAUCCCUCUCAAAUGCAGAAAUCUGACGUGCCGUAUAUUAUUAUCAUGCCAAUCGAACAAUCGAAUCUUAUAUCUCAAGAGAACAGCUUAUUAAAAAAUGCAGUUGAAAAUAAAGCCAAAGAUGUCGAAGUAAAGGAAGGUGUUACAGAAAAUAAAGAUUUGGAUGCCGUUAUUGUAGAUGCAGCCGAAUCUAAACCACAGUCUAUGCCAAAAAAAGCUAUACUGCUAAUUCCGAACAGAGGAAGACUUUCUAUAGGAGGAUUGAUCUCAGCAAUCCCAUUUUUACCUAUAGAAAUCAAUGUUCCUGAUGCAAUUUCUUGGAUAUUUAAUGGAAUCUCUAAUAUCGUAUCUGGUAUUGGACAAGCGUUCCCAUUCAAUCGACCUACUCAAACGCAAGUGUCUCCAGAGAACAUGAGACUUCUGUUAAAAAGUUUACAGAUACAAAAUCAAAAUAAACUUACACCAAUUCUAAUGUUACCGGAGGUCGCUCAAACAUUUCCCAUGUUAGUAUAGUUAUUAAAGAUUUUAUUUUAUGUUUAUGAGAUAAACUUUUUAUUUCUCUCCUUCCAAACUUUUUCAAAAGUUGCUUUAGAAAAAGAAAACCACUACUACGAUAAAAUUAUUUAUUUAAGUAAAUAGUACAAUAUUAGUUUAACACAAUAAUUUUGUACUAAUUUAACUUAUAUGAUCGAAAUUAACUUACAACAGAUCUUGAAUAGAAACCUGUCAAUUUUUGACCGGGUUCAAGAGUUUAACCAUAGACUGAUCAAUGUAACAACUAUCAGUUACACUUUCAAACGCCGAUCAUGUUAUAUUAUAUCACAAAACAAUAUCUUAAUGUAAAGGUAAUUUCUGAAAUAUUUCAUUGCCGUGGCAUAUGGCAAUUGUUUUUAUUCAUUGAAUUUCUAGUACUCAAACAGUAAUAUCGAUAAUUGUUGUAUAAUUAUUCAUAUCAGAUACCAAUUUAUAUUUUAAUGAGCCAUUAAAAAACAGCGCCUACAUACAAAUGAACUUAGCUUACACUGUCGACUAGCCAUAGGCAAUCACAUACAACUAAUAUCCUGUACCAUAUUCGAUUUCUUAACACUAAAUAAUAAUUUAGUGAAGAGAAAUCUAAUAAGGAUUUCUUGGAAUUUAGACAUAAUACACAUUCGUUCGAAUCAAUAUCAGAAGACACUGUGAAAUUUCUAAAAUGAAUACCAAAUAUAAUAAAAUUAAUGGCACUACAAAGGAAUCAUAUUAAGCCUAAGUUCUGUAGCAAUGUUUUGUCGUAUAUUCAACCGCGUGAGUUAACGGAGACAGUAUCGCUAUCGACAGGAAAACCGGGGUGGACAUUGCCAGACUGCUGUUCACUCUUGGGCACGAUAAUAGAGACGGGAUAGUUGAAACUGUAGAAGAAACCGCGUGGAGGACCCUGAAGAAGAACAAACAUACAUCAUUAGUUCCUAUUGCUAUGAGAUAUAAAUCGGUUCAAAUGUAACACAUACUUACUAACAAUGCAUUGAGAUGAAAAAAAAAAUAUUUUAGUGAUAA